UGUCAAAAUUCUGUCAUAAUUGUGAAAAUUCUUAUUGCUCACAAAUUAUCUGUCGAAAGUAUCGAAAAGUUUCUAGCUUUGAGGCUUUUUUAAUUAAUUAACACAAAAUAUGAGUUCUAUCAAAAUGCUUAACUUAUCCAGAACUGUGGUUCGUACUCUUACCACAUCUGCUCCACGCCGUGCCGCAGCAAAGAGUGAAGUAGAGAAAGGCUACUUCGAACUGAAGAAGGUGCAGGAGCAUUUCCAAAAGCAUGAUGGCAAACCAGUGUUCCUUAAGGGAUCAUUUGUCGAUCAACUUUUGUACCGUUUAACCGUGGCUCUGAGUUUGGCCGGUAUUGGUGGUAUGGCGAAGCUGUUCUACGAUUUGAGCGUUCCAAAAAGCCAAGAUUAAAUGCUUAACAGCAAUGGCUACCUAUGCAUCUGUAAUUAAUGUUUUAAAUUAAGCUUUCAAAGUAUAAAAACAUAUGACUAACUUGGAUGUAUUUGUGUAUGUUUCCUGUUUUGUGUUGCAGAGCGGUGGAGUAGUGCAAUUCCUAUUGUCUUAACUACCCAUAAAUGUUUUAUGUUAAAAGCUAAACAUUCACGUAAAUGCAUUUAAAACAUGGAAAUAUAUAUAAUACAAAAGAUA